GUUAUUUUAUAUCCAAUAAAAAUACAUCUCAUGCUAUUCAUUGGAUAAUAAUUUUAUUUAGUUUCAUAUUUUCUAUCCAGUGAAAGUUAAUCCUACCGGUGGUUCCUCCUCCACUCCUACUCGCUGUGCUUCAGUCUCAGUGACGCCUGAAUCACAUCCAGGGAAACCUCCGUGUUCGUGUCGACAGAUUCCUGCUCUGCUGCAGUUUCUCAGGCUCAGCAUGCCGUCGCUCUGCAGCGAACAGUUCAGCUCACGCAGGCAGAUUCGCUGGCUGAUUGCCAUCGGAGUGCAAAAACAACAAAGAGUAGAUUCUGUGCCGUAAUCAGCCAUCAGGCUGUAGUUGGGUCACGGUCGGGUUCAGGCCUGUUCGACCGUGAGGUGCUGAUAAUACUGACAGUCUGUCAGAUUCAGGCGUUUCCAGCUUUCGUUUCACCUGCCAGUUAAUGCUGAAUGGACGAGCAGCAAAAUCAUUUCAUAACACAAAUAAUCAGGAUUAAUAGUUGUGAGCAGAACGGCAGGAAAAUAUCUGACGUCAGUAAUCAGGAUUAUAGGUUUUAGUCCUAAUUAUGCAGCUCUGACGAUGAUAACAAAUCUGUGAACUGAUUUAUUUUCUCUGUUUCCUUCUCGCAGUAAAUCAUUUCUAGGUCAGUGGCUGUCAAAGGGCUGGAGUUGCAGCCAUUUUUAUCCUGCCUCGGCACAAAUUGGUUGAAAGCUCUUCUUUUUCUCUGUGAGGGGAAAAGUGACAUUGCUGAGCGUGAUUGAAUUACUUCCCCUUAUAUAAAUGCUGCUGUCACAUGUCUGUGUUUGCCUUCCCAUUUUCAUAUAGCAGUUUGAAAAACUCAUUUUUGAUUUUUGCAGGAUUUUUACAUUAUACAUCAACAAUGGUUGGGUUUUAAAAAUAGCAUAUUUUAUUCCUGACACAUGAAAGGUCAGUGGAAAACCUGGUUAAACUUUCACCAUUUAGGAGGGAUUAUUUAGUCUUGCACCAGUGUGAUAAUGUGAGCUUUUGUGUAAUUUGUUAAUAAUUGUGUGUAAUCUCUGAUUUGUUUGUUUAAGUCAUGCCAACAUGUCUUUAUCCCAGAGGGCAGCAAAACAAAGCUGAUUAUGUUGUUAGAGAUAAGGAAUGCUGUUCCAACUGCUGUGUUUUGCCUUCAUCUCUAAUUGUGAAUUCUUUGUCUUGCAGGCAGGUGAUACCAGACGCCAGCUGAUCUAUCCCAGCGUGAAGAGUUCAGGAUAGAAGAGGACACAGCGUUCACUGCAACAUGAGGGUGGAAGAGCCUCUGCACCACUGACAGCCACAACUGGAAUGAUAUCCUGACUUCUUUCCUGAGAGUAACCGAGUUAGCGAUGAGCGGGGGGAUAUAAUGGCCAAGAACAAGGAUGCUCGACCCCCGACAUUCGCCGUCAGCGUGGUUGGCCUCUCGGGGACGGAGAAGGAGAAAGGGAACUGUGGCGUUGGAAAGUCCUGCCUGUGCAACCGAUAUGUGCGUCCGGACGCUGACAACUACUACUCGGAGCACACCUCGGUGCUCAGCACAAUAGACUUUGGUGGACGUGUGGUCAACAAUGACCACUUCCUGUACUGGGGGGAGGUGUCCCAUCGAGGGGACGAGGGGUUGGACUGUAAAAUCCAAGUCAUCGAACAAACAGAGUUCAUUGAUGACCAGACGUUUCUCCCUCAUCGGAGCACCAACCUGCAGCCGUACACCAAGCGAGCGGCGGCGACCAAGCUGCAGUCGGCGGAGAAGCUGAUGUACAUCUGCACGGACCAGCUGGGCUUGGAGCAGGACUUUGACCAGAAGCAGAUGCCCGACGGGAAACUGAACAUCGACGGCUUCGUGCUCUGCAUCGACGUCAGCAAAGGCUGCAAUCGCAGGUUUGAUGACCAAAUGAAGUUCGUCAACAGUCUGUACUCUCAGAUCGUCAAGUCCAAGAAGCCCAUCGUCGUCGCUGCCACAAAAUGCGACGAGUGCGUUGAGCAGCACCUGAGGGACCUGCAGGCCUUCGUCGCCAGCAAGAAGAACUUGAUGCUGAUUGAAACGUCGGCACGCUCCAACGUCAACAUAGAGCUCUGCUUUAACGCCCUCAUCCAGCAACUGGACAAAACGAGAGGGAAGCCAAAAACUGUGCCAUACCUGGAGGCCUACAAAGUCCAGCGACAGCUCGUAGCCUCGGUGACGGAUCGAUUUGAAAAGCUGAUGGUUCACAGUGUCAGAGAUUAUCAUACCACGUGGAAAACUGUGAUCAAUAAUCUGAAGGGCCAGCCAGACUACGACGAGUUCAUCACCUUGGAGGGCUCCAGGAAGGCUCGAAACAUGUUCACAAAGCACAUCGCACAACUGAAGCAGGAGCACAUCCGGAGGAGGAGGGAGGAGUACCUGACCACACUGCCAAAAACCCUCAACAACCUCCUCAACAAUCUGGACGAAGUCGAGCAUCUGUCGUGGCCCGAGGCGCAGAGCGUGAUCCGAAACCGACCCGAUUUCCAGUAUUGGUUUGUGAUGCUGGAACAAACGCCGUGGGACGAGACGGACCACAUCGAUAACAGCGACCGCAGAAUACCCUUCGAUCUCCUCGACACGCCUGACGGCGAGAGGAUAUACCACAGCCACGUCCAGCAUCUGCUGUCAGAAAAAAGGAGGGUGGAGAUGAAGGAGAGGUUCAAGAAGACGCUGGAGAGGGUUCACUUCAUCAGCCCUGGGCAGCCGUGGGAGGAGGUCAUGUGCUUUGUGAUGGAGGACGAGGCCUACAAGUACAUCACAGAAUCAGAUAGAAGGGAUGUUUACUGCAGGCACCAGCAGGAAAUAGUUGAAAGGGCCAAAGAGGAUUUUCAGGAAAUGCUUUUCGAGCAUGCUGAACUGUUCUAUGACUUGGACCUGAAUGCAACUCCCAGUUGUGACAAGAUGACAGAGAUCCACAGCGUUCUGAAUGAGGAGCCCAGAUACCGAGCGCUGCAGAAACUGGCGCCGGACCGAGAGUCACUGCUGCUCAAACACAUCGGCUUUGUUUAUCAUCCCACUAAAGAAACGUGUCUGAGUGGACAGAACUGUGUGGACCUGAAGGUGGAGCAGGUUUUAGCUAACAGGCUGGUGCAGCUCGACCACGGACGCUCCAAUCUCUACUACAACAGUGCCAACAUUGAUAAGAUCAACCUCUGCCUGCUGGGGAAGGAGGGUCUGUCCCAGGAACUGGCUAAUGAAAUUCGAGCUCAGUCCACAGACGACGAGUACACCCUGGAUGGAAAAAUAUACGAGCUGGAGCUGCUUCCUGUGGAUGUGAACUCCACGCUCCUCUUCAGCCACACCUGGGUCACCACCUUCAAACCUCAUGGCUGCUUUUGUGUGUUCAACUCCAUAGAAUCGCUUAACUGCAUUGGUGACUGCAUCGGCAGGAUCAGAGCUGAGAUCGCACAGAGCCGGAGAGAGCGAUUCGCUCAGCCGCUGCCUUUCAUCCUCAUCCUGGCCAAUCAGAGAGACAGUGUUUGCAAAAACAUCCCCAUCCUGAGGCACCAGGGCCAACAGCUGGCCAACAAGCUGCAGUGCACCUUCGUAGACAUCCCGUCUGGAGCCUUUCCACGGAAAUUUACAGAGUUCCAGGUCAAGCAGGGGCUGCGAGCAGUGCUGGAGGGGCUGAAGCACAGCUUUGACGUGUUGGCGCCGCUGCCCUGCAUCAAAGACAUGUCUGAAACUGACCUCAGAAUAGUCAUGUGUGCCAUGUGCUGGGAUCCGUUCAGCGUGGACCUCAUCCUCUCGCCUUUCCUGGACUCUCACUGCUGCAGCGCCGGGCAGCCGGGUCAGAGCAACACUCUGAUCCUGGACAAGAUCAUCGGGGACAGCCGUCGGAGGAUUCAGGUCACUGUCCUGUCAUACCACUCUGCCAUCGGCGUCCGCAAAGACGAACUGGUGCACGGCUACAUCCUGGUCUACUCGGCCAAACGCAAGGCUUCCAUGGCGACGCUGCGGGCGUUUCUGGCCGAAGUACAGGAUGUGAUCCCCGUGCAGAUGGUGGCGAUCACCGACAGCCAGGCUGACUUCUUCGAGAACGACGCCAUCAAAGAGUUGAUGACGGAGGGAGAGCACAUCGCCACAGAGAUUGCCGCCAAGUUUACUGCGCUGUACUCGCUGUCGCAGUAUCAUCGGCAGACGGAGGUGUUCACCCCGUUCUUCAACGAAGUGCUGGAGAAGAAGCUGAGCAUCGAGAGCUCCUUCCUUUUGGACAGCUCGUCACGCGAAUGCACCACCGGAGCCAGCGAAGACGUCUUCCCCACCUCGCCCCACAGCCAUUCCCCAGCCUACAACACCUACUACCCAGAGUCUGAUGACGACAACGAGGCCCCCCCACCCUACAGUCCAAUCGGCGACGACGUCCAGUUGCUGCCGACACCCAGCGAGCGAGCCAAGUACCGCAUCGACCUGGAGGGGAACGAGUAUCCGGUGCACAGCACACCUGUCGGAGACCAUGAACGCAAUCACAAAGUGCCUCCACCUGUCCGACCCAAACCUGUGCUCCCCAAACCCAACGUCAGAAAGCUGGAUCCCAACCUGCUCAAAACCAUCGAGGCCGGCAUGCGAAGCAACCGCAGGAUGCCUCGCGGCCCAGUGACGCACACCGAAGACGUGGAGGCGUCGGACAACUAUGCAGACCCCGUGGACACGCUCCGGUCCAGGGGCUUCCACAACGACGACAUAUACGCCGUGCCUGACGACACUCACAGCCGCCUGGUCAAAAUACGAAACUCCUUCGGCGGGCUGCACAGCCUCCAUGGAGGAGGUGAGGAGGAGAACGGGUUCGACCGCAAGUCUCAGGCUGGACGGCGGCCGUCCAAGUACAAACACCGCUCUAAAAUCUUGUUCAGUAAGACUAAGGCCUACCAAAGACGGUUCCACUCCGACAGCGACGGCGAGGAGUCCGGCCCUGCCACACAGAAAAAGAAAAAGGGAAGAGCCCACCGGGGCAGCGAGGAGGACCCUCUGCUGUCGCCCGCCGACCCCUGGAAGGGCGGCAUCGAUAAUCCUGCGAUCACCUCCGACCCCGAGCAGGAGGACAAGAAGAUGAAGAAGAAGAAGACACCCAAGACGCAAAAGGAACCGAAGAAGGUGAAGUCCUCCAAACCCCCGAAACCUCUGUACCCUCCGACCCGGAGAACCUGGGAGAGUAACUACUUUGGGGUUCCGCUGCAGAACCUGGUGACUCCGGACCGACCCAUCCCGCUCUUCAUCGAUAAAUGUGUCGACUACAUCGAGCGAACAGGUCUGACCACUGAAGGUCUGUACCGGGUCAGCGGGAACAAGACGGACCAGGACAACAUCCAGAAGCUGUUUGAUCAAGAUCACAGCAUUGACUUCGUGGCGAUGGACGUGGCCGUGAACGCUGCUGCUGGAGCUCUGAAGGCGUUCUUCACCGACCUCCCCGACCCACUGAUCCCCUACAGUCUGCACCCGGAGCUGGUGGAGGCAGCCAAAAUUGUGGACUACAUGGAGCGUCUGCAGGUUCUGCGUGAGAUCGUGAAAAAGUUUCCGUCGGUGAACUACCAGGUCUUUAAAUACAUCAUCACACACCUGAACAGGGUGAGCCAGCACAGUAAAACCAACCUGAUGACGGCUGAUAACCUCUCCAUCUGCUUCUGGCCGACGCUGAUGAGACCCGACUUUGAGAACAAGGACACGCUGUCGACCACCAAGCUGAACCAGGCCGUGGUGGAGUCCUUCAUCCUGCAGAGCGACUACUUCUUCCACGGUGGAGAGGUGGCCGAGAGCUCCAGCAGCGAGGGGACGCCUCCUCCACACUGUCACAACAUGGUGGAGGCUCUGCUGCCGCUGCAGCUACCUCCACCGCUGCAGCCCCAGCAGAUCCAGCAGAUCCAGAUCCAGCACACGCUGCCGCCAGACCCACUCAUAUAGCAGCUUCUGGAGAGCUUCUGAAAAACUUCUGAAGAGUUUCUGGGACUCCUGAGCUGCUCAAACACCUCCAGUCUCCUGUGGGCACAUAGCAACGCUGAGCACACUGAGGUUCUCCUGAAGGAGGAACCGACUGAUCCACUGUUUGUCUUCCUGCACAGGAAACCUUUCUUCUUCUUCUUCUUCUUCUUCUUCUUCGUCUGGUGGCUGAAGCAGCGAGCAGAUCCGUGGACUCGCAGACGUCUGGAUUAUUUUUGGAGGAGGACGAUGAAGGUCCAAACGCCAAUUUCAUGUUUGUCACGUUAGUUUUUGUAUUUUUUUAUGGUUUGUGUCUGCUGAGUGUUUGAGGAGCAGCAGAAGGAAAAAGGGAAGCAGGACCUGGACGAAGACGAUGACGACGAUGAUGAUGAUGAUGAUGAUGAUGAUGAUGAUGAAACCACUUGGAGGCAUCUCGACUCCUUCGCUCUUCGUUUCUUCUGCCGGUUUGUUGGAUGGAAACUUGCAUGUCUCUGUUUUUGCCACUUUAGUGAAACAACUAAAAAGAAACUUAAAGUAAAAAAAUAAACUCUGAAGCUCGUUUUGGUUUAAGGGAACGUUUCUUCAUCGCUUCCUUCCUCCUUCAUCAACAAACCAACGGUUAAUCUCAUAUUUUUGGUUGUUUGUGGAAUAGUUUCCCUAAAUAGAGGACAGAAUAUAUAAAGUAUAAAUCUAUGAAUUAUCAGCAGAGGCUGUUAGUGAACUGCGGGGUACGGACUAUAACCUGGACAUUCAUCUGUUCUGAUGCUGUGUGAAUGAGAGAGUGGUAGCGGAUCAAUAACUGAUCAGUAACUGUUCAGGAACUCUGUUUGGCUCGUCCCACACCUUAAAGUCUCUCAGCUCUUUUCUUCAGGGCUGUUUUUCUGAAACAGAAAAUAAAAUGGAACUUUAGUCGCUGCUGGUUUUCAUCUAAACUCUAGUUUAUAGAAAGUACUGCAGGUAUUUAUACACACUGCAGUACUCUACUGUAGUAUUACUGCAGUACUCUACUGUAGUAUUACUGCAGUACUCUACUGUAGUAUUACUGCAGUACUCUACUGUAGUAUUACUGCAGUACUCUACUGUAGUACUCAGUCUGAAGCUGCUGAAGAAAACUAACAAUAAUCUGCAUUAUUAUGUUUGUUCUAGUACAAAAAGGAAAGAAACCAGAAUAAAGUGAUCAGAUCCUUUCCUGAUUGUUCGAUUAGCAGAACAGUUCCUGAUUGAUUUCAUGGAUCAAUUGUUUGAAUGUGAACAAAAAGUUAAAAAACAGAAUUUAUUUGGUUUAAUUUGAGAUCUUCUUUAACUUUAGACCAAUUUGUCUCCAGUUACAGUUUUAAAUCAUCAUCUCUGGUGUUUCUGUUCAUGUUUGUGACGACAGGAAGUUCUUCUGCUGCUUCAGGUUUUAGUCCUAAAGAGCUUAAAGUUUAACGUUGGGAUGAAACCAGAACUUUAGAAGAAUUCAGAGAAACAAUCAGCAAAGUUUGAAUCUGAAGCUUUUAGUUUCUGUUCAAGAACUUCAGAAACUCAGAGGUGAGAGACGUAGAUCUGACCAACAUAGAUCUGAUGAAGGUAGAUCUGACCAACAUAGAUCUGAUGAAGGUAGAUCUGUCCAUCAUAGAUCUGAUGAAGGUAGAUCUGACCAACAUAGAUCUGAUGAAGGUAGAUCUGACCAACAUAGAUCUGAUGAAGGUAGAUCUGACCAACAUAGAUCUGAUGAAGGUAGAUCUGUCCAUCAUAGAUCUGAUGAAGGUAGAUCUGUCCAUCAUAGAUCUGAUGAAGGUAGAUCUGACCAACAUAGAUCUGAUGAAGGUAGAUCUGUCCAUCAUAGAGCUGAUGAAGGUAGAUCUGACCAACAUAGAUCUGAUGAAGGUAGAUCUGUCCAUCAUAGAUCUGAUGAAGGUAGAUCUGUCCAUCAUAGAUCUGAUGAAGGUAGAUCUGACCAACAUAGAUCUGAUGAAGGUAGAUCUGACCAACAUAGAUCUGAUGAAGGUAGAUCUGUCCAUCAUAGAGCUGAUGAAGGUAGAUCUGACCAACAUAGAUCUGAUGAAGGUAGAUCUGUCCAUCAUAGAUCUGAUGAAGGUAGAUCUGACCAACAUAGAUCUGAUGAAGGUAGAUCUGUCCAUCAUAGAUCUGAUGAAGGUAGAUCUGUCCAUCAUAGAUCUGAUGAAGGUAGAUCUGACCAACAUAGAUCUGAUGAAGGUAGAUCUGUCCAUCAUAGAUCUGAUGAAGGUAGAUCUGUCCAUCAUAGAUCUGAUGAAGGUAGAUCUGACCAACAUAGAUCUGAUGAAGGUAGAUCUGUCCAUCAUAGAUCUGAUGAAGGUAGAUCUGUCCAUCAUAGAUCUGAUGAAGGUAGAUCUGUCCAUCAUAGAUCUGCUGGCCUGUAUCGUGUCCUCUGUGCGUCCAGGUGAUCUCCAGAUGAUCUCCAGCACUAACGGAUCUGAUUCUCCACUAAGGUUUAAUCUUUCUACGCUAACUGAUCUGUUUGAACCACUUCUACGUCUUAAAGCUUUUUUUUCCCCUCCAGGUGUGAAACUCUUCGUCUGUCAGCAGAAAACUGGGUCAUUCCAGGUGAAAUGAGCAGAUAUUCCUUGGAGGUG